AAAAAAACUUGACAUAACUGAAGAUGUGCUGCGACGGAGAUUGCAGGCCCUUGGGGUUUCUAUUAGGCCUUCCCUUCGCUUUCCUCUCUCUCCUCAUCUCCAUCGUCGGCGUCGUCAUCUGGAUCGUCGGGUUGUUGUUGACGUGCAUAUGCCCCUGUUGCUUGUGCGUGACGGUACUAGUAGAGCUUGCGCUGGAGCUGAUCAAGGCCCCCAUUCAUGUGAUGGAGUGGUUCACAUCUCAGAUCCCUUGUUAGCCUUUUUCCUUCUCCCUUCUUUUCUCUUCUUCAUUUUGAUAUUGCCUCCUCCUAAUUUUCAUCUGUUUCUCUGAUUCUCCCCUGUACAAUCGUUAUAUCUAUGUAUGUAUGGAUGAUUUCCCUCAAAUCUCCACUCCUGUAUUUCAAAUCCUAAGAAAAGUAGAUGGAAUUUGAUUUGUUCCAAUCUCCUGAUCUGUGUGAAUGAAUAUUGGGCUUGUUUCA